AUGAUAAAAAUAUAUCAAUUUUUUAUAAAGUUCUUUUUUCAUCCUGAAGAAUCAACUGAUUUAGAACCAAAAAAAAUAAUGAAUUUAUGGACAUUGACUUUUAUAAAUCAAGAUUUAGAGGAAAAGUAUUCAAAUAAGGAAAAACAAAGAAUCAUAGUCUUGUUUCGAUUAUAAUACUUAAUUCAUUUCCUCAUUAACUUAAUCUAUUUUGUCAACAAUCAAUUUUUUUUGAAAAAUCAUUUAGUAGCCUACUUUAGGUUGGCUUUUUGCUUUUGGCACAUAAUUUGCAUGGUAUCAUAGGCUAAUCUAAGAAGAAUUCAUUAUAAAUCAUUUAUUGCAAUUUCUGAGUUUUUAAGUUGUGUGAUAACGAUUCUCAUAGCCUACGUAUAUGUAUAGGCUUAACUGAUUAAUAAAUAGUGUAGUAGAUAGACUACAUCAUAAGCGGUCAGUUCAGGAAUAUAAACUGGAAUUAUUAUCAUCAGUUAUUUGUUAGUUUGUCCAUUAUGGUUCAUUUAAGGAUUGAUAUUGAUUGCGGCAACAAUUUUAUUCAUUGGACUGGUGGGGAAUCUGGCAUCCAUAUAUUGGACUUUUUAUGUUCUUUUAUUGAUGAUGCUGAUAUUCUUCAGGUUUCUUGAAUAUUACAAAAGAAUAGACUUCUAUAUGAUUUGUUAAUAGACUUCGAAUUUGCAUGCAUGUAAGAACAUCUUCGACAAAACAGUUCCGAAUUCAAUACUAAUUUUAACAGAAAAUAAUGAUGAUUUACAAGAUUCCACAAAUUAGUGUAAGGAAAUGAAGUUAAUAUAUAGCAAUGACUUUGCUAUUAAAUACUUGUAGGUCUCAGAUGAAAAUGAAAUCAUAAAAGAGUUAAAAAGCAUUUACAUAUAAACUGAAUAGGAAUCUAUGUAGGACACUUAUAAUUCAUAUUUGAGUAUUUAUGAUGUUUUAUAUUAAGGGAUGGGGCAAUUUGAAGAAUAAUUUAAUUAGUAAUUUAAGACAAAUAGUACUUCUGUGAUAUAGAAUGAAUACGAUAUAUCAGAGUUUAGUGACUAUUUUUUAUGUUUUAGAUUUGAUUCUUAAUGUAAAGUAGCAAUAUCUUAGAAAUAAUAAUUAAAAAUAAAAUCCCACUUUGAAAUCAGAGUUUUGCAUUGUAUUUGGGAAAACAAGCAUUCAAUAUUAGUUAUUAUGAAUGACAUAUCCGAAAAGAUUAGAUUGAAGCAUUUAAAAGAAUUAGAUCAAUAUAAGGAUAGAUUAUUGGCUACAGUCUCUCAUGAUUUGAAAACUCCAUUGAAUGGAAUGAUGAUUGGCAUAAACAUUAUGCAAAAUAUCUUUAAUAUUAAAUAACUUUGUGCUCAUCUUGACGAAUUUAAUCAAUCUGGUUAAUUGUUACUUUCGAUGAUAAAUGAUUUACUUGAUUAUAGCCAAAUUAAUAAAGGUUACCUGAGAUUAAUUCCAAAAGCAUUUAAUUUGAAUAAUACAUUUAAAUUCAUCAAUUCAUUAUUACUUAGAUAAUCUAAUGAAAAGGGUGUCUAAUUAAUCUGGAACAAUUAAAUAGAUCCUACUUAGUCUGAUUUAUUUACUGAUGAAAACAGACUAAAAUAAGUUUUGAUUAAUUUAGUUGCUAACGCCAUUAAAUUCACAAUGUAAGGGGAGAUUAUAGUAACGGCAAUUUAACCAAUUGAAUAGGAUGUUAUUGAAAUUUCAGUUUCUGAUACGGGAUACGGGAUACCCGAGGAUAUAUAAAAAAAUCUCUUUAGAUUAUAUAGUACAUUCGACAUAGGAAAUAACAAUAGACAUGGAGUUGGAUUAGGGCUGACUAUUAGUUAAUAACUUGUAUCUUUAUUAGGACCUAAUGAUAAAAUUGAGUUAAAAUCUUAAGUAGGCAAAGGUUCUACUUUUAAAUUCAUUAUUUUUAGAAGAUUGCAGCAGUCCUUAGAAAACUCAAUGCAGGAAUAAGAUUAAGAUGAAAAAUAAAUUAUUCCAAUAUUUCCUUCUGUUAAAAAUUAAACAAUAUUUAGUAAAAAACGGAAAAAUCAAUCAAAGAAGGCACAAACUUACUAUAAAUUAGAAACAAUUCCUGAUGAGUGUUUGAAAGUCUUGAUUGUUGAUGAUACUCCUUUUAAUAUAAUUGCUUUGAGUGCUAUGCUUAAUUAAGUGAUUUAUAAUUGUAAGCUAUAUAAAGCUUUUAAUGGAAAAUAAGCAUUUGAUCUAUAUUCGAAAGAGAAGAUGAGUGUCAUUUUUAUGGAUGUAAAUAUGCCAGAAAUGGAUGGGAAAUAUGAACAAAUGUACAAAUUAACUUAAUCUCUAAUUAUAAUUGUUACUGCUUUCUCAGGAUCUGAUGAUAAAAUUAAAUCCUAAAAAUGUGGAGCUAAUGAUCAUUUAGACAAACCUUUAAAUAUGGAGGACUUAAAGUAAGCCAUGAAAAAAUUCAGAAUAAUUUGA